GCCCUGCCCUCGGACUGCGGCCACAUCUCUCACAGCGCGUUGUUGUCUGUAUAAAUUGCGAGCGCUGGACCCUGGCCUCUUUCGCCUAAGAAUAGCACCUUCCCUUCUUCUAGAACUUCUAAUACUCCCUCAACCCGGCCUGCAACUCCCACCGUUGCCAGCUCAGUACACUCACCCCGCCUCCGUCCUAGCUUCAACCCAGCUCCGACCUCGAUACCCAAAUCGCAGCAUCUCAGCAGUCUCAUAUCUACCCCAAGAUGGUUGACCGUACCAACCGCCCCUCGGCCCUCAAGGCCACCGACGCCGCCGGACCCGAAGCGCAAAUCGACAUUGUCGGCUCUGGCGCGAGUUCCAAGGUGAUUGCGACGCUGCCCUCUGGCGAGAGCGUCGAGGUGCUGCUGUUCGGUGCGACGGUGACGAGCUGGAAAAGCAAUGGCGGCAAGACGGAGAACCUGUGGUUGAGCGAGAAGGCAGCUCUCGACGGCAGCAAGGCCGUACGAGGAGGCGUGCCCGUCGUGUUCCCUGUCUUCGGGCCCCCGCCCAAGUCUGGCCACCCCACUUCCUCUCUCCCACAGCACGGUUUCGCGCGGACAUCGCGAUGGGAGUUUCUCGGCAAGUCGGCCGCCGAAGACGCCCUCGGUUCCGAUUCGGUCAAGCUCGACUUCGGCCUGUACAGCUCCGGUCUCACGGACGAGGCACGUAAGGCGUGGCCGCUCGAUUUUGGCCUAGUAUACAGCGUGACUCUGUCAAAGGACAGCUUGCAGACGGUCAUCAACGUCCGCAACGAGGGUGAGCAGAGCUUCGAAUUCCAGUUUCUGCUACACACAUACUUCAAGAUUCAGGACAUCUCCAAGGUCGCAGUCAACGGAUUGCUUGGCGUUACGUACGUCGAUAAGGUACUCAAUGCUACCGAGCACAAGCAGUCCGACAACUCUAUCAAGAUCACUGGCGAAGUCGACCGAGUGUAUGCCAGCAUCCCUCAGGAUACCACCUCCAUCGUUGAAGAUGGCAAACCUCGCUUCGAUGUCGUGCGUGACAACCUCCAAGAUACCGUCGUCUGGAACCCUUGGAUCGAGAAGGCGAAGUCGAUGGGUGACUUCUCGCCCGACGAUGACUACAAGCAUAUGGUGUGUGUAGAAGUUGGCGCAGUCCAGGGCUGGCAGAAGCUGGACAAGGGUGAGGUGUUCGAGGGUGGGCAGACGAUCAGAAGCCUGCUUUGAGAGGUUGUGGUAUAGGUGCCUGGUUGGAGGCUUGAGAAUGAAUAGACAAGAUGGACAAUGUGGAUAAUGAAUUCAUGAACAUAGCAUGCUGGCAAAUGUAGAGACCAACAUCCAAUCGUCCCACUUCUUGGAAGUGUUGCCCUGGC